AUGGGAGGAAGUUUAAGUUUGAAUUAUGACUGCUAUGGAGCUUUUUGGAGGUUGGUAUAUAAAGGUAAGAAAAUAUUGGGAAAAGAGCAGAGCGAGAGAAUGUCGAUUUUAGAAGAGGAUGAAAUUUGUCAGGCUGGACUGCUUUCUGAAUGCGAAAUUCAAAGACUUUUGAAUGAAAGUCAAGAUUAUGGUUCUAAUAAUUAUUUAAAAGUGUAA